AUCAGCACGGUUCUUUUGACCCAAGUUCUGCGUUUAACAGAAAAUAUGAGAUUGCAAUCUAUGGUGCACGCAGAAAACUAUCAUAGUUUGGUUGAAUUUGCGGAAUGGAUUGCUAAUAUUGGAGAUGGGAAUGUAGGCGAUGAAAAGGAUGGGUGUGCAAAAAUUGUUCUUCCUGAUGAUAUUGUUUUGAAAUACUGCAAUGAUCCCAUCGAGGCAAUUGUGCAAUCAACAUACCCAGAUUUUAACAUCAUCGCAAACGACCCAUCGUACUUGCAACAUAGAGCCAUUCUAGCACCAACGUUAGAUGUGGUAGAUGCUGUUAAUGAUUACAUGACAUCAAAGAAUGUGAAAGAGGAAUCUAAAACAUCCUCCUCCGACACGAAGACGACGACAUCGCCGCCGCCCGGAAUCCGGCGUCUUAAAAUUCUGGGCGGGAAGAUGGUGGCUGCCGCCGCUCUGGGAAUGGCGGUGGUGUCUUCGUUGCAUGGGAAGAGGCGGCGGAGCCCUAAAGGUUCCCGGAAAGUUACAUCGUCGUCGUCGGAAAGCACCGGAAAGAGUGGUCGUCGUCGUCCUCCGGCCGCGGAGGAUUCUCAGAGAUCUGAGGCCAUUGAUGAUUGCAUCAAGUUCAUCAACUCUUCUUCUUCUUCUUCUUAUCUCCAUUGAUCCAAUUCUGCUUCAAGCCAUUGUUGAAUUUAGUUUAUUUAAUUCCUAUGUUUCUAUGUUCUUAGCUUUUUUCUCUCUUUUUGGCACAAUAUCAUACUAUACGUACCUUCAUAGCUAUCAAUCUAUCAUAGAUUCUUUUUUUUUUCAAUUAAGUUGUCACACUCGUAGUAGUUAUUUAACAUUUUGUUCUGUUCGAAAGUAAUCUUCCCAGUUACGGUCAGAUUGCCUCUACUUUGCUUAUAAAUUUUCAUCGAUCAUUAGAUAAAAUAAAAUAAUUUUGUGACAACUUA